AUGGAGAACGCCCACUUCCUUUGCUACGGACGCUCAUCCAAGAAACCUCUUCUCCGUCAGUCGGUCGAAGCUGCCUCUAGAAAAGGCACCUUAUCUCACGAUGCACUUACCUCAAGGCAACAUGAGUUCCACAAAUUCCUUGCUCUGCCUACAGAGCUACAACUACAGGUACUGUCGCAUAUCGGACUGAAGCAGCUACUAUCGAUGCGCUGUACGUCUCGGUACAUGAAUUCCGUCAUCAGUGAGCAUGCCUGUGUGCUUGCCGCCCCAUUCGAGAGGGCAGCCAGAAGACGACUCCAAGACUUCAUUGACUACUGGUUGGACUACAGUCGUGGUGAGUACCUACUGUUCGCCAUUGCCUGUACCUCGCCAAGCAGCUCACGCAGUACAGGCGACAUCGAUUUCCUCGAAGCACUAUCCCGCUUUCUCUGGCGCCGACGUAUAUCAACAGACCUCACACUAAUGGGCAAUCUCCUCAAGGCCUUCGCCCGCUACUGGCUGCUUUCGAAACCUAAUUAUCAGCGACUCAGAAUUAGGGACCCUCGGGCAGCGACAGCCUUGUUCUGUGAUAUUUGCAACAUAUCGUUGCACAUCUUCCGCGCGUACAUCGGCUUCCAAUUUGAUCACAAGGAGUUCAAGCCACCGCCCGGUCAAGGUCCAAGUUAUGUUCAUUGGAGGCCGAGUCGGAUCAGCUUUGUCGUCCACUGCAGCAGAUAUUUGCCACCCGAAGGGUUCGGGGUUGAUGUGAAAUCGCUGGAAAAGUGGCACGAACUGAUCAAAGGGGGGCGCAACAACCUUCCCGCUGUGAUGGGUGACGACUCAAGUCCAGCUAUGGGACGGCCAGAUAUGCCGACUCUCACAGGACUGAACUUUCACCCGCGGUGGUCUGUAAGACCUGGCAACGAGGCUCUGUUCUUUGAGGAGUGGAAAGUUCCGACGUUUCCUGUGGCCUUCAAUGGCGAGUUUGCCUAUGUUGUUGCGACGCGGUGGGCGUGGAACAAUGUCCAAAAAAGCAUGCAUGAGAAAGAGUUAGACCCUUUGCACAGGGCUGCGGUGUUGAUGGAGAUGAGUAUAUGGUGA